AUGCUGCUCCAAGCCCAGCGCGUUUCCGUGUUCACCUUCCAGUCGGCGGUGCACAGCGCUCACGUCCUGCGCUGUCUGGACGAGCAGCGGCAACGGGACGUUCUGUGCGACCUGACCGUGGUGGCGGAGGGCCGGAGCUUCCGAGCCCACGCCGCCGUCUUGGCGUCCUGCAGCGAGUACUUCCAGGGCCGUGUCGCUGCCAACGCCGAGUCCAAACGCAACGCCGUCUUGGCCUUGCCGGAUGAGGUGACGGCGCAGGGCUUCGAACCUUUGCUGCAGUUCGCCUACACUUCCAAGUUGCUCUUCACCAAAGAAAAUAUCCACCAGAUUCGAAGCUGCGCUAAGUUCCUGGGCUUUCGCGACCUGGAGUCGGCUUGUUUUGAUUUCCUUGUCCCCAAGUUUACCCGGGAUGAAGCGCGGGAGGCUGGGCCGGGGGUCUGCCGUCAGGACCGCGAGGCCCGGCGACCCGCCCCGGACCUACCGCUUCCGUUCCCUCCGAGCGCGGCAGGUCCGGCCGGCGACUCCUGUUCGGAAACGGCUUCCUCGCCUCCCGACUCGUCGGCGUGUCCGACGUUGUCUCCGCCGGAAGCCGACCAAGCAUCACGUGUGCGUUCGAGUGUUCCAAACCAUCGGCCGGAUCCGCGAGACCCGUUCCUGAGACUCGGCGCCGACCCUCGGCCGCCUUUCUGUCCCGAAGACGAAGGACUCUCCCAGAGGAGCCGGGAGGAGCAGGAGGUCGCCGAGCAUCUGGCCAGGGGAUUCUGGUCGGACCUGUGCCCGCCAUCUCGGGGGGAAACAACACCCCCUUUGGACCAAGACGACCUGGAAAAAGCCUCCUCGGACUUCGGUUGGCUCAAACAUCUGGACCUGACCUCCAAUCCGGACGACUGUCCUUUCCUCAGGGAUCUGGACGCGGGCGACGAGCCCGACACGCGCGCAGACGCGCUGUCCCAGUCGGAGAAGAGCCCAUGCGUAUCCUCACUCAACUCCGGGGACGACUCCGACGUGGACACAGACGGGGAUUCCGAGGCAAACAACAGAAGAGCGGCUGAGAUCGAGCUGCCGUUCCCAGUGGAGCAAAUUUCCGCACUGAGUCGCAGCGCCUUCCAGCAGCUUCUCAAACGCUACCCCAUGACGCCCGAGCAGCUGGAGUUCGUUCAUGACGUUCGGAGAAGGAGUAAAAAUCGCGCGGCGGCGCAGCGAUGCAGGAAGAGGAAGAUGGACAGCAUCCACCAUCUCGACUGCGAAAUCACAAUAUUAAAAAGUGAGAAGAAGAAGCUUCUGGAGGAGCGUGCGGAGCUGGAGCAGAACCUGGAAGAAACUCGACAGAGCAUCUGCAGGCUACGCAAGAACGUCGGCGUGGAGCACUUCUCGGAUCAGGACCAUCUGCACUUCCUGCCCGAGUUCUCGGCGCCGGAUUUGGAUGAAAAUGCGUGA